AUGGGGAACCAGCCGUCAAAAGGCUCGGUGGUUGGUACGCCUAGACGUAAGAGCUCACCUAUGACAUCGGCCGAUAAUUUGCAGUCAUAUCCAUCUUUCAGCAAAGCAGAUACCAAGGACUCGAACCGUUCGUUCAAAACACUCAAGUCAAAAAUACCUGGUACUAAAAGUGACAGUCCACGCAACUCAUUAAUCCCAACCGUGAGUGGCUCGCCGACUGACAAAGGCGAUGGCGCAUCCAUGCGAUCUGGAAAAACAUCUAGAUCACUUAAGUCGAGAGGUAGCAUACCUGACUUAAAUUCUUACAUUCCUAAUCUUUCAGAAGAUCUCCAUUCACCCACUGAUGAGUUUUUACCUCCACCAACACCUGUCCGGCCCACUUCUGAACGAAAAUCAUCAUAUGAUGUAGAUGCAGCACGAAGAAGUGGAGAAGUUGACAACGUUUCAGAUAAGCCUCUUUCAGGUCAUAUGAAUACACUCAGGCCACUCGAGAAAGCCGGAGAGUCGAUUCUAGUCAAGAACCCUUCUCAUGAACGUACAUUUUCUCUCGCAGAUAAUGGAAGUACAGCAGGCAAAUUUCAAAUCUCAAUGGCAGACAUAAGUGAGGCAGAUGUGGACGAAUACAUCAGGAGGCUACUUGACACUGGAUAUGACGGUAAACAGACGAAAACAGUGUGCUUGAAGAAUGCAGAGAUAGUCACGAUAUGCGCCAAGGCCCGCGAACUUCUCUUGGAACAACCGCCCCUAAUUGAAAUCGAUGCGCCAGUCAAAAUCGUUGGCGAUAUUCAUGGUCAAUACACUGAUUUGAUUCGCAUGUUUGAAAUGUGCGGCUUUCCGCCGAACUCCAACUUUCUCUUUCUUGGUGACUAUGUCGACCGUGGAAAGCAAUCGCUCGAAACAAUCCUCCUACUUCUCUGCUACAAAAUCAAGUAUCCAGAAAACUUUUUCCUACUUCGAGGAAACCAUGAAUGUGCAAAUGUAACUAGAGUCUACGGCUUUUAUGAUGAGUGUAAACGAAGGGCCAAUGUAAAAAUAUGGAAAAACUUUAUUGAUACUUUCAACUGUCUUCCAAUUGCCGCUAUUGUGGCAGGAAAGAUAUUCUGCGUUCACGGUGGACUCUCGCCUGCGCUCAUGCAUAUGGAUGACAUACGAAACAUAAUACGACCGACGGAUGUACCAGAUUUUGGAUUACUCAAUGACUUACUUUGGUCAGACCCCGCGAAGCAGACAAAAGAAUGGGAGAAUAGUGAACGUGGAGUCAGUUAUUCUUUUGGAAAGAAGGUUAUAACAGAUUUUCUAGCAAGGCAUGACUUUGACCUUGUCUGCCGAGCCCACAUGGUAGUCGAAGAUGGCUAUGAGUUCUUUGAAGAUAGGAUCCUUGUCACAGUCUUUUCUGCACCCAACUACUGUGGGGAAUUUGAUAAUUACGGCGCAGUGAUGAGUGUUUCGAUAGAGCUUCUAUGCAGUUUUGAACUCAUCAAACCUCUCGAUAGCAUGGCGUUAAAGAGUCAGAUGAAAAAGGCUCGCAACAAGCGUAAUACUAUGCUAAACAGCCCACCGCCAGCAGCCACACUCGCUCAGAGUGUUUAG